AUCAACAACAUUUUAUUUGUUUGGAUUUCUAAAGAAUGGAUGCAGCAAGAAGAGCAGUGUGUCAAGAUGACCCAUUUAACCCUCUCAUUACAACAGGAACUCAAGCUUCUUGCAUGCUUGUCAUCUCCCAUUUCUUCCAUCUUGUCUUGAAGCCAUUGGGACAACCUGGUCCGAUCGCCCAAAUCCUCGCUGGAUUGGUGUUGGGUCCUUCCAUGUUGUCUCGAAUUGACAAAGUCGGAAACUUCUUCAUUCAAGCUUCUUCUGAAGCUUAUUAUCAGCUCUUUUCAUUCAUCUUUCGCGUGCUCUUCGUGUUCUUGAUUGGUCUCGAGACAGACAUCCCUUAUCUAAGGCGCAACCUGCGACAGGCUAGCAUCAUUGCAUAUGGGGGUGUAAUCACAUGUGUCAUUUUUGGAGCAGCAAUAGCAGCAUUUGUAAUCAUUCAAUUGAAUGUAAUUACAGAGAAGUUUUACUUGGUUAUCAUAACGAUGGUAAUCUUAGCAAACUCUGCAUCUCCUGCGGUGAUUCGCUUGGCUGCUGAACUAAAAUUUGGGACUUCAGAUGUAGGAAGGCUGGCUAUAUGUUCUUCUUUGAUCAAUGAAAUGUCUUGUGUAAUCUUUUUCUCUGUAUACCUGGCUUGUACAUCCAAGAAGUUAUUUGGAGCAGCAAUGCUUGGCUUGUUUUGUGUUGUGGGACUGAUUGUGCUGAAUAUGUACUUGGCAAAUUGGUCGAACCGACGAAACCAGAACCAGAAAUAUGUUUCCAACGCAGAAGUUUUGCUUAUUCUGUCACUUCUUGUUGGUGUGUCAAUGCUUAUUGAAGCUUAUGGAUUUCACAGCACAUUGUGUUGUUUCCUCGCUGGCAUGAUGUUCCCCAGAGAAGGCAAAACAGCUCGAACACUCCGACAUAAGCUCAGUUAUGCUGUUUACAACUUCAUACUUCCAGUCUACUUCGGCUACAUGGGUUUCUUGUUUGACGUGAGUGAUCUCAGAAAACUGGAAAUUUUCAUCAUUGUUGUAGUCAUGAUUUUGUUGAGCUUUGGAGGAAGAAUCAUCGGCACUCUUGUUGCUUGCCAUUACUUGAAGAUGCCGAGGAAUGAAGGCGUCAUACUUGCCUUUAUACUCAACUUGAAAGGCCAUGCUGAUCUGCUAAUGGUUGAGAUAAUAUCACAGCAGGUGAUUGCACACUGGGAUCCAACAAUUUACCGGUUGUUGAUAGUCAUUAUAGUGUUAAACACUGUGAUUGCAGGCCCUGUUGUAGCUUACAUACUAAGAAAAGAUGAGAAGUUCUUUGCUCACUCUCAUACCGCCCUUGAACAGCAUGAUCCAGACACUGAACUUAGAAUGCUGUCUUGUGUUUAUGGCUCUCGCCAAAUGACUGGAGUAAUUGGGCUAGUCUCAGCCUUAAGUGGCUUACAAAUUGCACCUAUAUUCCCUUACUUGAUACACCUAGUGGAGCUCCCCAAGCGACGCAAAACCAACUUGAUGUACCACGAGCUUGAAGAUGGUGACCAAUAUAGCGAUGAGGAAGACUAUGGUGGUAAUGAUGUAGUUGAGAUCAAUGAUGCUGUGGAUGCUUUCACAAAAGAGACCAAGAUCUUGAUCCACCAGGUUAAAGUUGUGUCCUCUUUCAGUACCAUCUUUGAGGAAGUGUGCAAUAAUGCUGAGGACUCGAGGGUGUCAAUCAUUUUCCUUCCUUUCCACAAGCACCAACGCAUUGAUGGCCAAAUGGAGAGUGGCAAGGAGGGGAUAAGGACUACUAACCAGAAGAUUCUUCGCCAUGCCCCGUGCUCCGUCGGAAUACUUGUAGACCGAGGACAAACUGGGUUUCAACUAGUUGUCUCUGAAAGAGUGCAACCUGUGGCAACAUUGUUCUUCGGUGGCCCCGAUGACCGUGAGGCAUUGGCAUGCAGCAAGAGGAUAGCCAGCCAUCCACGCAUUAAUAUGACACUUAUACGCUUCCUACCGGCUUCUUGCAUCGAUCAGAAAGUGCAGAUUGAUGAUGCACCACAUGGUGAUGAUGAGGUCUUGAUGGCAAUAUCCAAUCAUGAGACAGAGAUGGAGAUGGACAAUGCUUCUGUUGAGGAAUUCUACAAUAGGUAUGUCACAAGAGGGCAAGUUGGAUAUGUCGAAAAGCAGGUGGAAAAUGGAUUGCAAACAGUGGAGGCUUUACGGGAGUUGGCAGAGAUGUAUUCAUUGUUCAUAGUAGGGAAGGGUGGGAGAGGCCCCUGCCAUAUGACGACGGGAAUGAGUGAUUGGGAAGAGUGUCCGGAGCUCGGAACAGUUGGGGAUCUCCUGGCAUCUUCGGAUUUUAACAUCAAUGGUUCAGUUCUGGUCAUUCAGCGGCAUAGGCAUUCAAGCAAAGACCUUUUGGAUGAUUAGGAUAGAUUUUUCUAUCAUGAAUUAUUAGGAUGAGACACUAUUGUUUUAACAAAGAAGACAUAGCAAAGCUAGUGAUUUAAAAGUGUUGUAUAUUGUAUAAUAGGAAAAACAAUUCAGGUAUACGAUAUAGGGUAUCAAAUGGUCUGAAAUUCCAUUAUUAUUAUACUUUCUAAAAUUGCAAACAAGAAUCUCACACACAAAAAUGGAUUCUCAAAGUUCUGUGAA